AUGAGUGAUAGUGCAUUUCUCAAGCUAUUUUAUGGAAUGCGAAAAGAAGUGUCAUUGCGUGAUGCCUUGAAAGAUAAGGAGCCGACAUACAACAGCUUGAUAGGAAUCAAAAAGCGUAAGAGUAGGAGAAGAGUGGAACUACUGGAGCUAUGUAAGAAUGCAGCGGAAAUAAAAGUUCCAAAAACUAAAGAGGAAUCAACGAAACGCGAUGAGUUAAUUAAUUCCAAGAUAACACUGCCAGGAGGAAAAUUACUUCCCUAUCCACUUUCGCUCAAGGAUUGGACUCAUGACUUUACUGGUGUUCCAGACUUCAGGUUUCCUGAUAUUUACCAUUAUCUUGUUGGAAAAGAUGGCUACGAUGAAGACUGUUUACGUUCGUACAAAAGUCUCGAGGGUUUUCGCUUGUUUGUAGACGGGCAUGUGGAGGAUCUGAACUACCACGAUUUAAGUGAUGACGAGACAGGUAAAAAGGAUGGAUACUGUUAUUUCCAGUUCAAAGUAAAACCUACUGAAAGGUCCAAAACCGAAGAUGGAAAAGACUUCUACUGGGGUUUUAUCGUUCUUCAAUAUACUGGAAGCAUUUACUCUGCCUACUGUGCUUGCAAAGGCGGGUGAGUCAUGUGUGUGCCAUAUUUUUUCCUUUUCCUUACAAGCGAAUGAACUGAUGGUUUUUUACUUUUUAAUGUUUUAUUUGAUU